GGAAAUUGGUAGGCGCCAUGAUGUCUGAGACGGUCUGAACUCUUCGAGUGUACUUAGUGGUGAGUAUUUGCUAGCGUAGUGUUGGAUAGAGGUUGAAAGAAAGGGAUAUGUUAAAGAGAGAAAAGAUACUGGUGAAGCCUAUGGGAAAAGGUUCCACGAGUCACAUUCACUGUUGUUCAUAGUCGAUCGAUACCGGGUGCGAACGUGAAUCAGUGUACAACAUGGAACAGCAGGAUGGACAGAGGACAUUGUCCGUACCACACCAACAUUCAUUUGCCGGCCUGCCCCUGCAAGAACAACAAGAGAACAUUGCACUUGUUCGACUCGACUUGUUUCAAAGCUGGAGCCCUCGGAUCGAGUCAAACGUCUAUAUAAGGCCUCCGACUCCGAAAGCUGAUCAUUCGUUUCCUCUAUUCUCCGAACCAACAGCAACAUCGCAAUCCGUGGAAGUCUGGUACCUCCUCAUUCCCCAGCCAGAGAAACGCAUGAUAGUCUCCAAGGCGGAGUACUUUGUCUUCGUCACUAGUUCCAUCUGCCUGUACUGCAUCAUCGUCGUGUACAUCUUCAAGCAGGGGCGAGCUCUCCUUUCCCAAUGCGCCCAACGGGAGCACACUUCAGACGUCGAGGCCGAUGCAGGACUUGAGAUGCGCCACCGUUCUCUUCGAAGUGAUCGUGGCCACACUCGUGCCGAGGAUGCUCAGUCCGAUAGAUCAGUCCCCAUUGUUUCAUGGGGUGGUCGACUGGCGGGCCUGCUGCAUUUACACAAGGCUCAAAACAACAAGAAGUCAGGCUCUGAUCGGUCCAUUCGCAGCUCCAUUGGCAUUGUUCGAGGGGGAGCUGAAGCGCCUUUUGAGGCUCGAGCCGGCCGUGAUGUAGCUGGUCCGUUCACUUCGCGAGCAUGGAAGACAUAA